ACGCGCUCUCCGCGCCAUCUGCUCUAAGCGUUGCCCUCAGCCUGGUGUUUUCACUUCCUUCUUUCUGGAGCUGUAUCCGGGUCGUUUGCUUUCCCUAUUGUCUCAGUCAGUCGGCCUCGGACUGUGCAAGUUCUAGGUGUUUUGUUGCUUCUGGUGCAGGCUAAUAAAGUCUUCUUUUGUGUUUUUCACCCGGGUGUGUCGGCGCCCCAGGGCCGCGCCGCCUGGGUCGCUAAGCGCCUGUGGCCGGGAGCGCGGGAGGGGCGCUAGCUACGGGGUGCGCGGGCUGGGGCGGGGGUGGUGGGGGCCCGGGGGCGGCUCUGGGCGCGCCCCUGCUGGGGUUCGUGCUGCCUGUCUUGAGUAGCAUCUUUCGGACAGCUUUCCCGGUCCUAGUCCCGGACCUCGGCGCUGCCCGGGCUCCCGCAGCUUCACCCUAGGUCUCCUCCAAACGACCACCUCACGGAUUCCUUAUGGAUCGAAGCUCCAAGAGAAGGCAGGUGAAGCCUCUGGCAGCUUCUCUUCUAGAAGCACUCGAUUAUGAUAGUUCAGAUGACAGUGAUUUUAAAGUUGGAGAUGCCUCAGAUUCUGAAGGGAGUGGUAAUGGAAGUGAAGAUCCUUCAAAGGACAGUGGAGAAGGUUCCUGUAGUGAUUCUGAAGAAAAUAUUUUAGAGGAAGAACUGAAUGAAGAUAUUAAAGUAAAAGAGGAGCAACUUAAAAAUUCUUCAGAGGAGGAAGUACUCACAUCUGACAAACAGUUAAUCAAAGUGGAAAAGAAGGAGGAAGAAGAAAAUGGAGAGAGACCUAGAAAGAAAAGAGAGAAGGAGAAGGAAAAAGAAAAAGAGAAAGAAAAAGAAAAGGAAAAAGAAAAAGAGAAGGAAAGAGAGAAGGAAAAAGAGAAAGCAACAGUGUCUGAUAAUGUGGUUGCUUCAGCUGCUGCCACCACCCCAGCCACAAGCCCCCCUGCUGUCAGCACGUCCCCUUCUGCCCCCACGACGGCCCCCGCAGAGGAGCAAGUCAUUGAGCCAAAGAAAUGGAAUCUGCGUCGAAACCGACCACUUUUGGAUUUCGUGUCCAUGGAAGAGCUGAAUGACAUGGAUGACUAUGACAGUGAGGAUGACAAUGACUGGAGACCUACUGUGGUGAAGAGAAAAGGGAGGUCAGCAUCCCAGAAAGAGGGAAGCGAUGGGGACAAUGAGGAUGACGAGGAUGAGGGAAGUGGGAGUGACGAAGAUGAGAACGAUGAAGGCCAUGAUGAAGACCAUAGCAGUCCUGCUAGUGAAGGGGGUUGCAAGAAGAAGAAGAGUAAAGUUCUUAGCAGAAACAGUGCUGAUGAUGAGGAGCUAACCAAUGAUAGCCUGACACUAUCUCAAAGCAAGAGCAAUGAGGACUCGCUGAUUCUUGAGAAGAGUCAAAACUGGAGUUCUCAAAAAAUGGACCAUAUUUUAAUUUGCUGUGUUUGUCUUGGAGAUAACAGUGAAGAUGCUGAUGAAAUAAUUCAGUGUGAUAAUUGUGGCAUUACAGUCCAUGAAGGUUGUUAUGGGGUUGAUGGAGAGAGUGACUCUAUUAUGAGUUCAGCUUCUGAAAACUCUACUGAACCUUGGUUUUGUGAUGCUUGUAAAUGUGGUGUUUCUCCUAGCUGUGAACUAUGUCCUAACCAGGAUGGAAUUUUCAAGGAGACAGAUGCUGGAAGAUGGGUUCACAUUGUCUGUGCCCUCUAUGUACCUGGAGUAGCCUUUGGAGAUAUUGACAAAUUACGACCAGUAACACUAACAGAAAUGAAUUAUUCCAAAUAUGGUGCCAAGGAAUGUAGCUUUUGUGAAGAUCCUCGCUUUGCUAGGACUGGAGUUUGCAUUAGCUGUGAUGCAGGGAUGUGCAGAGCCUAUUUUCAUGUAACCUGUGCCCAGAAAGAAGGUUUGCUUUCAGAGGCAGCAGCAGAAGAGGAUAUAGCAGAUCCAUUUUUUGCUUAUUGUAAGCAACAUGCAGAUCGUUUGGACAGAAAGUGGAAGAGAAAAAACUACUUGGCUCUGCAAUCCUAUUGUAAAAUGUCUUUGCAAGAGAGAGAGAAACAGCUCUCACCAGAAGCACAGGCAAGGAUCAAUGCCCGGCUUCAGCAGUAUCGUGCCAAGGCAGAACUAGCUCGAUCCACCAGACCCCAGGCCUGGGUUCCAAGGGAAAAAUUGCCCAGACCGCUCACUAGUAGUGCUUCAGCUAUUCGUAAACUGAUGCGGAAAGCAGAACUAAUGGGGAUCAGUACAGAUAUCUUUCCAGUGGACAAUUCAGAUACUAGCUCUAGUGUGGAUGGAAGGAGAAAACAUAAGCAACCAGCUCUCACUGCUGAUUUUGUGAAUUAUUAUUUUGAGAGAAAUAUGCGUAUGAUUCAAAUUCAGGAAAAUAUGGCUGAACAAAAGAAUAUAAAGGAUAAAUUAGAGAACGAGCAAGAAAAGCUGCAUGUGGAAUAUAAUAAGCUGUGUGAGUCUUUAGAAGAACUACAAAACUUGAAUGGAAAGCUUCGAAGUGAAGGGCAAGGAAUAUGGGCCUUACUGGGCAGAAUUACAGGACAGAAGUUGAACAUACCGGCAAUUUUGCGAGCACCCAAGGAGAGAAAACCAAGUAAAAAAGAAGGAGGCACACAAAAGACAUCUACUCUUCCUACAGUGCUUUAUAGUUGUGGAAUUUGUAAGAAGAACCAUGAUCAACAUCUUCUUCUAUUGUGUGACACCUGUAAACUUCAUUACCAUCUUGGAUGUCUGGAUCCUCCUCUUACAAGGAUGCCAAGAAAGACCAAAAAUAGUUAUUGGCAGUGCUCAGAAUGUGACCAGGCAGGGAGCAGUGACAUGGAAGCAGACAUGGCCAUGGAAACCUUACCAGAUGGAACUAAACGGUCACGGAGGCAGAUUAAGGAACCAGUGAAAUUUGUUCCACAGGAUGUGCCACCAGAACCCAAGAAGAUUCCAAUGAGAAACACGAGAACCAGAGGACGGAAACGCAGCUUUGUUCCUGAGGAAGAAAAACAUGAGGAAAGAGUUCCUAGAGAGAGAAGACAAAGACAGUCUGUGUUACAAAAGAAGCCCAAGGCUGAAGACUUGAGAACUGAGUGUGCAACAUGCAAAGGAACUGGAGACAAUGAAAAUCUUGUCAGAUACCCUUCAUGAGACCCAACUCUGCCACUGCUCAUCCUCGGAGGCAAUCCUGGAAACCUCUUUUAUAAGUGUGAUUUUAAAAAUGUGGAUAAAACUCUCAAUAGAGUACCUAAAGUAAAGGAGAACAGCUAUCUUGUCCUUUCUAUAAGCUUAUCACUGCAAAAAGUUGCUUUGCUUGUCAGGUUUGGAUAGAAUGUAAUUGAUUGGAUUGUUACUUAGUCUGACAAGGCAGUUAAUUUGCCAGUGUGGAUUUUUUUUCUUUUCCUUUUCUCUUUUGCACUAAUCAGAAAUAUUUGAUAUGUGCAUUGUUGGAAAAUAUUGGAUAAAUGUCUCUCAGAAUUGUCCUAUAAAAUGUUUUCCUUCUUUCUUCUUUGGCAAAUGAUGAUACAGUGUUUGGACUUCCUGAAGAGUUAUGGAAGCCUCUGGGACUUAAAUGCAGUGUUACACAUUUCUCCCUAUUGUUGAACAGUCCAAUAACUAACAGGAAAAAUGAUGCUUUCCAUUAGACUGCUAAUCAGUUUCAUCCAACUUACUGCAUUUAUUUAUAUAUGAAAUGCUGCUGCGUUGGAAAACAACUAUAGACUCAUAGUAAAUGUUAUUUCCAUUGAAAGACUUGGGAACCAUAUUACAUUCUAUUUUUAAACUCAUUUUUCCUAGUAUGAAAACAUUAAUAUUAGAAUGAAAUUUUUACAACUUUCAAUUAUAAGCUUAUGAAUACAAAUAUAUCUAUGUUGAUCUCCAGGUUUUUUUUUUUUUUUUAAAGAAAUAGCCAAGUUUAUUUCAUCCUUAUUUUAACAUGAACUUUCUGCGCUUAGGAUAAUUUUAAUUUUUCAACCUUAAAUAUGAAGUUAUGUAAUGAGAAGGGAGACACAAAGCUUGUUGAUUGUACGACCUGCCAGCUGAAAGAUCAUCAACAUCUGUAUCUUUCCAGAGGUUUACAGAAUUAAAAUUUGAUCUUCAAGCUUUAAUGAUCCAGUUUUCAGUCAACGACAGAAACCAUUGAAUAUUUCAUCACUCAGUCUUGAACUGGCUUAGAAGACUGUUUGCUGCAUUGAAAUGCACAUAUAUAUGUAAAUUAUCAACAUUUCUCUUGGAAUUUCCUGAUUUAUUAAUGUGAUUUUUGGACUUCCUUUCAGGUAUAGUGGCAAACGAAAUUGUUGAAACUUUAGGAAUAGAGUAGGGCAAUGUAUAGAUAGUCUAACGCAAGUAUAAUUAUAAUGUUUCUGUCUGCUAACAGUCUAUAGUUAUGAUUGAAUAUUUAGUAAAAUAAAAUGGUAUAAUUGCAAAUGAACAGAUUAACUUAUUGAAGAUCUCAUAACAUUGGAGGAAAGAUAAACAGUAACCUCUAGUGAAGUGAAGUGUUUUUUAAGAAUACAAAAGACUAUUUAUCAUUAUUUAAGUUUAUAAAAAAGUUGGUAGUUAUUAUUUCUGAAAUACAGAUGAUUUUAGAAAUACAUCAGAUUACCAGGAUCUGAAUGGAUUGUGCAUAUAUUAGGUCAUAGCCCUUUUUUAGCAUAUGGUGAGGAAAUAUUAAAAUAAUAAUGAUUUUUAAGGGUUUUUGUUUUUGAGAUAUCAUUAGGGGUUGUAGUUUUGAUCUCAAUGUUAAUCAAAAUCUUUUUCAUCUUAAUCCUAAUUAGAAUACUCUAUAAUGAUUUCUCUUACAAUUUUCAGUAGUAGUAUGUAUGCUUGUCCAUGUUUGACGCAGCCUGAAGAUCUUUGUCACAUGUUCUGGAUGCCUAAUUUAUAGAUGGUAGAGUCUGCAAAAAUGUAGAACAUUUUCAGGGAGUAGAAUGAAACAUUUCCUUCUGAUCACUCUGACAGACUCCUGUAUUUCUAUAGUACAAAAUUAACCUGAGUUCAUAGGUGUUCCAGUUGUUAUUCAAAGGAAAAAUUAAUGUAUAGAUAAGAAAAUACUACACAUAUAUUUCACAGUUGUAUGUAAAAGGAGAUGAUAAAUGAAGUAAUUCAUGGUUAUUUUCUACAGAAUAAAGAGGAACACUAAAAUAUUACAAAGAAAAUUGAAUAGAAAAAUAACAUGAUACUAAAUAAUUAAUGGUUUUCACACUAUCAAGUAACCAAAUCAUAGGAAGAUUUAUUAUAAAUCGUAGUUUUCAGCCCUAACCUCCUCCAUGUCCUCUCUCUUCUUAAUUACUCCUCCUCCCUGCCUCUCUGGAGUUUCUGAUUUCAGUAGGGACUGGAUGAAGACUGAAAAUUUACACGUGUAAGAAAUUCCCAGAUAAGCUGACAUAGCUUAUCAGCAACAUCACUUUGAGAACCAUUGAUGCAUAGUAUAUUUUAAGCAACCAUUUCCUUGCCUUAACAAUAAUUAAUAAGGAGUAUGACUUUACUUUUAUAAGGUUCUCUUGUUUCUAGACAAGAGUUUAUAUUAGUUUCGUGUGCAACAUACAAAAAUAUAAUUUCUUUACUCUCAUAAAUUCAGUCAAAUAUUUUACAGUUAUGAAAGUAGCACUAGAACUGACAGAGGAAUCAAAGAACAUACAGCCUUUGUCCGUAAUUAACUAAUUUUGUUUCAGAAAAAGGACUUGAAAGUUAGGGUUAUUUUUCAACAUGAAAACAAAAUGUGGCCUAAGUCAUUAUUCAUUGUCAUUUGUGUAUUUCUUGAAGGAUUAUCUGAUUAAAAACAAUAAGUAAUAAUAAUAGUCACAGUGUUCUUUUUCCUUGUUUUUAUAUCCUAUUAAUGAAAUCACUAUUUUCAAAAACAUUUGCUUAUUUGAUAAGCAAAAGUGUUUUUACUUCAAUCAUAGUAUGAUGAUAGAUGACUAUUUCACCAAAAUCUAUUCAGAAUUUUUAGGACUGUGCUUCAGAGUCGAAUAUUAAUGUUAUUCUAAAACUCAUUUUAAUUUUCUAAAGUAGUUUCUAACAAUUGAAACUUGUUUAAGAAAUUCAACUUAGAAUUACAUGGCAGGUGAAGGCACAAAUUUUUUUACUGUCAGAAUCAGCACUUUGUACGCUUGUAUAGCAUUAGUAUUACAAUCUGAGACAGGCAUGCUUUACAUGUAUUUCUGUAUGGAAAGAUAGGCCUUUUUCGUGUAGUACGCUCUAAGGUUUUCUUUAGCUCUGCCAGUAAGAUUAAGAUUCACUGCUGUUCAACUACAUAUUGUACAAUGUAAUGAAGUUGGAUGUUCAUGCUGGGCUUUGUAAAUAAAAUGAGAGUGACUGCUAGCCAUCAUUUCCUUUAUCUAAUUUACAUUGUAAAAUUAGAGUCCAUGUUAUUUAUUAGAGCAUAAUUAGUUAAUUAUAAGCAAGGAAAGACAAAGUUAUGUGAAGCUGGAGCAUAGCAGUAGGUUGUACUGCUGAAAAAUUUCCAAGGGCAUGAGCAGAUGGAGAUCAUUUUAUUAAAGAACAAAGCAGACAUGUUUCAGGCAUGAAAAGGUCUAAUUCUCUCAUACUGUGAUGAGAUACUUGACCUUCAUGUGUAGUUUUAUAUGAACUGUUUUCUUUCAUUUUUUUAAAAAUUUCAAUUCUAAUCUUACAGUCUGACCACUACAGAUAUAACUAACUAAAUUGAUCUCAUCCUUUAAGUGGGUAUAAAACACAGAUUUAGAUUUGAAUAAUUUUCCAAGUAUUUUUCAGUGCAUCAACAUUUACUUGUAAAUAUAUUUACUUCCUUUUUACUAGCCAUUCAUUCAUUAUUACCUGUGAUAGGAGUUUAUAGAGUGACAUUAAUGAAAUAGAUUCAUGUCCUCCAUUAGUCUACUUGUGAAAUAUGAUUUAAAAGACAAUGUGUAAUUAUUUUGUAUAAAAAUGCUCAUGUAGGUGAUUUGCACUAAUUAUUGUAAAUUGAAAGGAAUAAAAAUACUGUAUUUAUUGGUGUGAAAUGUUACUCUAAUAUUGGUCGAUUGCAGAAUUUUGUGUAAGCUUGUAUCAUUUUUAAAGUGAUUUAAGGGCUACAGGCCUUAGUUGCUCCACUAAGAUGUUUUGUUGCAAUAGCCAGCCACUAUUAAUGAAAAUAAUCUAUCACUAUUGGUUCAUAGAUUUUUGCUGUGUGUUCAAGCUACUACUGAGAUUUUCAUUUAAGUUAUACUAAUAUUUGAGAUUAACUUUGAUUUUGCUGGAAUGAAAUUUUGUAUAGAAAUGACAAAAGAGCUGAAAUUUCAAUCUACAAAUUCUGUAGAUUUUACAAAAGUUAACAGGUAUAAUAGUAUAUAUAUUUGCAGACAAUUCUUUAUUUUUCUUUAUGUAGACUUUCAGGGGAUCAAAGUAAAGUAUUUCAUUGAUUUUAAAAAUGGUUAUCUUAUAAAGAUCAUUUGCAUUAGAAAGGUACUUUUUAAAGUGUAUACUAUGAAUUUUGCUUCUUCCUGAAAUUUAGCUUCUAAUCUGGCUAUAAAUUCUUUGUGUAGGAAAUGUAUUUAAUUGUGUUAAUUUGUAAAAAGUACUUGAUUUACCCUCUAAUGAAUUUAUUAAUCAAAAAUUAAGAGAGUUAAACUCUUGAGAACACUAUUAGCCUGUAUCUUAGGUGCUGGAGGAAAUAAAUCAGUUGUUUCUUUUUACUUGUUUGCAUAAUAUGUCAGUAGUCCGUAAAUACUGAAUUGAUUGCUUGUAAUGCGGAUCAUAGCACUUAUGAAGAGAAAUCAUUUGCUUCUUCUUUCUUGUCUUAAUCAUAUGCUAAGUAAGUAUUUUAAAUACAUCUAGAACUGUAUUUGUUUGGUUACUGCAUUUUGUUAAAUAGGUAUGUAAAAGAUCAUAUAAUACUGCAUUAUUGUAUCUGUAUCCAGUGUAAAAUCAGUAUCUAAGAAAUUGUCUUUAGGGAGAAAUUAAUUAAGCAAUCAAGUUUCAUUUUAUCUUCUAAGUGGUAUUCAUUUAUCUUGUUUAAAAUUUAAGUGUCACAAUGCCGUAUAGUGUUAAUGUGCAUGAUGUAUAUUAGAGUCUUUAAAGAUACUUUAAGUGUCCAGUUUGAAUUUUAUUUUAAAAAUUCAGUGUUUAUUUAUAGGUUAGUUUUAUACCAUCUUUUAAUAUUUUAACACACUGCCAUCUUAUAAUGUAUUAUUGGUAUAAUAAUUUGUUUUUAUUAGCCAUUUGUGUUAUUUAAUAAACGAUUGUACUACACCAUUA